UCGCACAUGGAAUUGCGAAUCAGUUGCGCUUUUGCGCUGAAGCCAGCCGAGCUCACGGACGCGCGAGAACAGAGCAGCCGCCGCUCUCCAGUGCGCACGGGCUGAGGACUGUAUUCCGACACCCCACUGCAGAGCUCUCUUCUUUAUAAAUUGGCCUUUUAAUUCAAUUUCUUCUGGAAGACUGAUCUCUCCUUUACGCGAUGGAGAAGAUGUCUCGACCUCUUUCUAUAAACCCAACUUUCCUACCUCCGACCCACGGCGUCCUGAAAUCCCUGCUGGAGAACCCCAUGAAGCUGCCCUUCCACCACGACGAAGGUAAAGGGUUUGGGAAAGAGAAAGAGAAGGAGAAGAAGUUGGAAGAGGAUGGAAAUGCCAUCAACACUCCUCAGUCUGCCUUCUUGGGCCCGACGCUGUGGGACAAGACCCUGUCAUAUGAUGGCGACAACUUCCAGCUGGAGUAUAUGGAUUUAGAGGAGUUUCUGUUGGAGAACAAUAUUCCCGCCAACCCUGGGAGCGAGCAGAGCCAGCCUUCCCAGCAGCCCCUGCAGCAGCAGCCGCCGCAGCAGCCGCCCUCCGCCCCGCCCACGCCUUCGGUGGUGGAUCUCAGUAACCGGACAGCCACGUCCGUUCACUCCGGCAUCGGGGGCCAGAACUGCCUCCAGAGUCCCAGCAGAGCAGUUCUCCCUUCGCGUGACACACCCAGUCCCAUAGAUCCAGACUCCAUCCAGGUUCCGGUCAGGUACGAGCCCGACCCCGCCGACCUCGCCCUCUCCAGCGUCCCGGGACAAGAAAUAUUCGACCCACGCAAGCGCAAAUUCUCAGCAGAGGAGCUGAAGCCACAGCCUAUGAUCAAGAAGGCGCGCAAGGUCUUCAUUCCAGAAGACCUGAAGGACGACAGAUACUGGGCACGGCGCAGAAAGAACAACUUCGCAGCCAAACGCUCCCGCGACGCUCGUCGGCUGAAAGAGAACCAGAUCGCCAUCCGCGCGGGAUUCCUGGAGAAAGAAAACACGGCGCUCAGACAGGAAGUGGCCGACCUGCGGAAGGAACUCGGCCGCUGUAAGAACAUUCUGGCCAAAUACGAGGCGCGACACGGCCCUCUGUGAGCCCCUCCCACCCCACACAAACCCCGCCCACCUCCACAAACGCCCCUCGCCCACCACCAACCCCAAGGGACUUCUGCGUGCCUCUUUAAGAGGCGACAAAUUCUCCUCUCCUUUUUUUCACGUUUCUCUUUUCACUUUUCUCUUUACAAACCCAGUUUGCAUUCUUUACUUGAUUGUGUAUUUCAUGCGUGUGUUUUUCCUCGUGUAGUUUCACACAUUCACUUCUCUCGCUUUCCUUUCAUUUGUUCCAUACGUCCGUUUAUUCCUUCACCAACGAUGGAUCGUUUGUCUGGAAAUGGUUUUCUCUGGAGUGUUUUGUACACCUGUAACACAGACUUAUAAAUAUUUUCCUCGCCGCUCACCCUCCUGUCUGUCAAUCAACCGCUCGACCCCACCCCCUUUUCCCGGAGGCUCCACCCACUUCCUGUUGCCCGAGCUUCUUUUUGUGUAUAUUAAUGUAUUUUAGUUGAAUAGCUGUAACGCACCGACACCUUUCGUUCUGUGAAGUGUGUAAAACACUAGCUAGCAUCAGAACAUGAUGUUUGUUUUGUUCUUUUCCUGUUCUGUGUGUUUUGUCUGUUUUAUUUGACCAUUUCUUUUAAACCAACACCAGCGUAGUUUUUGGCGUCUUUCCCACAUUGUCCAUGGAGCAAUAAGCCUGAAUCUCUUCAGAGGGCAAAACACAUGAAAUGUAAGCUAGCCUGUACCAUAGCGCCAUCAUUUCCGCUGUAGUGCGGAAACUUUCCCUUCGAAACUUUCCCUCCAAAAAUGCUUUCUGUCUCGCUCUAACUCCCUGCACUAAUGCGUGUUUCACAAUCUGAUCUGGUGCAAUGUUUCUACCUACACUAUAAUCUGCCUGAUAUAUUUAUGGACUUUUGUUGUUUUUGUUUUUUGAAUGGAAGAAAUUUUUUCAAAAAUAUUCAGUUGUUAAUUACUACUAUUGUUGUAGCUGUUCUUAUUGUUAUGGCUGUAUAGUAAUUUUUCCUGAUUGUUUAAUGUUUCAUUGGAUAUUUCAGCAUGACUUUUGUUUCAGAGCUGCGGCCUGAAUCUAAUUGUAAAUGGGUCUUUUUAUUUUCUUUUUUUCCCUUCUUUUUUAGGAUGGAUGAUUAUUCUAUCCUGUCUUUUUAUUUUUAUUUGUUUUUGUUUUUUUACCCAGAGCAUGCAUUAGAAUAUUUGUCUGCACUAGCAGAUAUUUGUAGUGAUUUAUUUUCUUUCUUUUAGUUUCGUAGCUUCGCGUUUCUGUCGGGUGUAUGACUGUAAUGAAUGUGUUUUAAGAGGUUUUGAGGCGUUCGUUGAGCAGGACGGUGUUGUCUCGAAUACUGUGGUUGAAAUCAGUUUGUUUACUGCAGACCAAAAGAUACAGCACACAGAUUUAUUGAUAAAACAGAGUUGAUAUAUAUAUAUAUAUAUGAAAUCUAUUCUAAGUUGCUUUUUUGUACAGUAUUUUUCCUAUAUAAUACCGUCUGAAUAUUUUCAAGGCACAACAAAACCAGAAAUAUAUGAUAGCUUACAUAUAUAUCUAUUAUUCAGAGCUAAGUGACAUAGUGUUUUGAUAUAUUAUAAAGAAUAUAACUGGGAGUUAAUGCGAAACCCGCCAUCAUUUCCUCUAUUUUGGGCAUUAAAAACCUUCUGCACCCUCAUAUUCAAAUAGCCUUUAGUAUUCUGUCUCAGGGAACGCUAGCAGCCGGACCUCGAACCAUAACUCCUAAUAAAAAUGAAAUAUAUAACUUAUAUUUAUAGCUGUGUUCUGUACAUCAGUAGUUUUUUUCCUAUCGAGAGGAGCUGCAAUUCCUCAGUCUUAACUCACACUCUUGAUGCUGUGUUUCAUUGCAGAGCAUUUUACAGUAUUGCUAUUGGUUCUUUGAAUGGAAAUCUAAAGGCUAUGCUUUUUUGGUCUCUAUAAUGGAGUCGGCAGAGUGUUGAUAUUGAAUGUUAAGUGCGGCGUCUCUGAGAGAUUUCGCUUGGUUGAAUGUUAGAAAAGUCUUGCUGUCGAAGGGGUUUGAGUGCAAGGUUUCGUAAGAGUUUCUGAGAUCAGUUUUUAUUCUGUUUAUUCUAUUAGAAGUUACAGGGUUUAAAUCCAGGACUUCUGAUCAAAGGUCAGAAGUUGCGUUUGAUGCGCUGGUUACCUUUUUAAAGUCCUCGUCUGCCCCAGUUCAGGCCAAAGUUGAGAGGUGCACAGAUUUGUAUUAUCGAAGAUUGAUGGGGCAGCAAUGUUUCAUUUAAUUUCCCUUGAUUUUAUUCCUUGUGUCUGUUUGUUUGUUGCAUAAAUGCAGAUGUGAGAUGCGUGUAUAAAGCCCUGUGUAGACUGUUUCUAUCUGUGCAAAACUGAAAUAAAUCCAGGAUUAAGCCAAACCCCUUCUCGUGAAUAAUGACCCCCGGAAUUACCUCCCUGAGGGCGUGAGGACAACCCAACCCAGUUUUCAGCGUUUCACCAAUCUGUUUCCUCUACUUGUUAGACAAGAAAGUAAUCUCAGGUUAAAUAGGUUUGACUCCUAGGCCACCAUUUAUGGUUCCUUCAUGUGCUAUCAAAAUUACCGUAAAUAUGAACAAAUUGGACUGCGUAUCAGGUUGUAUUUAUGAUUGAAUCAUUUUAAACAUGGCGGAGGAAAGAGCGAAAUAUCCAUUUUCAAUUGUCAAGUAACAUACAGGCUAAAGCAUCGCUCACACAGAAAUCAUAGCAUACAUCAUGUAGCCUAACCAACUAGUAAAUAAACGUUUUCUCUAUCACGAAUGACUGGAUUUCGCCCGCGAAUUUACGCUGAAAAAAGUAAUUAAAUAUGGCCGCAUUCCUUAGCCUACCUUCAUAUUGACGUAUAACAAAUUGGUGUGUAUUGUGUAUUUUACACAGCGAAAGCAUCAUAUUUCUCUGAAAUUUAAGAACAAAGUAGCAAUCUUAUAAUCUCGAUAUUGAGGAUUGUAAACAAACCAGAUUUUAUUCAUAAUAUGUUGGGUAUUUAUAAAAUAUCGAAUACAUUUAGGCUUUUAGAAGAUUUUCUUAAGCAGUAGACCAUAAUAAUACAUUUCUUUCGACAUAAAAGCAGCUGAACUCGAUUAAUUCGUUUUUACCCAACUUCAGAAAUUAGACAUUUACGAUAGCACGUGAAAGCAGCGUCAGACCAGAAACAUCUCGAGCUGGGGUGCGUUUCCCAAAAGCAUAGCUGCUAACCUGUUAGCAACUUGGUUGGCAAUGGGAAAUUGUAUUGCAACAAACAAAGUUGCUAACUUAGUUAGCAACUAUGCUUUUGGGAAACGCACCCCAGGACAGUUUGAUUAGCCCACAUAGCAAAUCUUACUUUAAAGGCCAUAUGCAUCAUCUUAUAAAUUCAUUUUUGGCAGUAGUCUAUUCCCUGUUUUCUGGGACACAGCAGUGAGAUUCUGUGAAUUGACUUUCUUUGGUAAAACUCACUACCUCAGUCUUGAAAGGAACCUAUAACCAUAUUGAACCUGUUUAGUCCAGUGCCUUGAAUUACCACACACGAUUCCAGACACAUUUUAAAGCUUAUAUUACUUGGACCGGAUCGGACCCGCGUGGAAAGGGCUCGCGCGCUGCUCCAAUCAGACUGACCCCGAAAUCCACCCCUUAUUCGACACAAACUCAGACGGUUCGUCUCGAAUAGAAAUAAAACCGCCGUAUUGAAGGCAACACCUGCAGACAGUCUAUGAGAGAGACUGGAGAUGUUUGAGCUUGUGUGUCACGCGAAUGAAGCAGAAUGCUGCCACCUUUUGACUCCUUGUUUCUCUGUACAUUUAGUGUCCAAUAAAGACUUCAGUUUUUCUCUCAAA